AUGUUGGUAAAGCAUGUUACUCGCGUUUCGCGGGUCCCAGCUAUGGGCCGCGUGAUGCGUAGCAGUGUGUCUCAAUUGCCUCAUAUUUCUGCGCGCGGGUUCUGCCGCCCUGCUAUGUACAAGCCGACUCUUCCUCCGGUGACUCGCGUUCGCAGCUUCCAUGCCGGUCGUGUUCUUUGUGAGGAAGCAGAGGAAAUGAAGGAAGAUGACACCGUGGUGGACGAGGUCGAUGUGCUCAUUGUUGGUGGUGGUCCGGCUGGUUUGAGUGCAGCGAUCAAGAUCAAGCAACUGGCUGGAGCCAAGGGUGAAGAGAUUCGCGUCGUUAUUCUUGAAAAGGGUGCUGAGGUAGGCAACCAUAUUUUGUCUGGUGCUGUGAUCCAGCCUACAGCGCUAGAUGAGCUUAUUCCAGACUGGAAGGAGAAGGGCGCGCCGCUGAACCAACCUGCCUUGGAGGACGACAUGGUGUUCUUGACCGAGAAGGGUUCUGUGCCUAUGCCGCACCCUCCGCAGAUGAACAACAAGGGCAACUACAUCGUGUCGCUGUCGCGUGUGACUGCAUGGCUUGCAGAGCAGGCGGAAGAAGCUGGUGUGGAGAUUUACCCCGGCUUUGCGGGCGCCAAGCUGAUUUGGGACGAGGCAGCUGACGGCACUAAGCGUGGUGUGAAGGGUGUUGUGACGAACGAGAUUGGUCUUAACAAAGACCGCAAGCCGAAGGACAACUACGAGCCUGGUAUGGAGUUCCGCGCUCCGAUCACGCUGUUUGCUGAGGGUGCCCAUGGCUCGCUCUCUCUGCAGGCGAUCAAAGAGCUGAAGCUGCGGGAGGCUGUGGAUGCCGAUCCGCAGACUUAUGGUAUUGGUAUUAAGGAGGUGUGGCGCGUGAAGCCUGAGAACCACAACGCUGGUUUGGUCUCGCACACCAUGGGCUUCCCGCUGUCGACCGAUGUGUACGGCGGUACAUUCAUGUACCACAUGGAGGACAACCUUGUGACGCUUGGUCUCGUUGUGGGCCUGGACUAUGAAAACCCGUACCUGAGCCCUUACCAAGAGUUCCAGCGUAUGAAGCACCAUCCAUUCUUUGCGAAGGUGCUGGAAGGUGGUGAAUGCCUUGCCUACGGUGCUCGUGCGCUGAACGAGGGUGGUUACCAGUCGAUUCCCAAGGUGCACUUCCCUGGUGGUGCGUUGAUUGGCUGCUCGGCUGGUUUCCUGAACGUUCCCAAGAUCAAGGGUACGCACAAUGCAAUGAAGAGUGGUAUGCUGGCUGCAGAGGCGGCUAUGGAUGCCCUGGCGAAGCGCAGCGAGGAGGACCCGUAUGCGCCUAUUGACAUUGAGGCGUACAAGACGAAGCUGGAUGAGAGCUGGGUGAUGAAGGAGCUGCACGAGGUGCGGAAUAUCCGCCCGAGUUUCCAUGGCCCGUUGGGCUUCUGGGGCGGUCUGCUGUACUCGGGUCUGGAGACGAUGAUUUUGAAGGGCCGUGUGCCCUGGACGCUGCACCACCCGAAGGAGGACCAUGCGUUUACGAAGCCUGCUUCGCUGUGCCAGCCCAUUUCGUACCCCAAGCCCGACGGCAAGCUUUCGUUUGAUAUCCUUACCUCGGUGUCUCGUACGGGCACGAAUCACGCUGAGGACCAGCCUGUGCACUUGGUUGUGAAGGACUUGGACUACAAGACGCACGUGGAACGCAAUGUGGGCACGUUCGAUGGUCCUUUGGGCCGUGUAUGCCCUGCGGCUGUGUACGAGUACGUGCCGAAGGAGGACGCGAAUGGCGAGGAGGAUGCCUGUGGCAAGAAGCUGGUGAUCAACAGCCAGAACUGCAUUCACUGCAAGACCUGCUCUAUCAAGUGUCCUGACCAGACCAUUACGUGGACGGUGCCUGAAGGCGGCGGUGGUCCCAAGUACUCGUUGACGUAA